AUGAGCUCUCUAAUAUUGGGCUGCUUCCUUUUCGUCUCCGCUCUCGGAGAUCCAAUCAGGACGAAAAAAGACCCACCACCACAGAAUCAAUACGGUCCACCAUCGAGCUCUUAUGGAGUACCGAGCAUAGGAAACUCUUAUAGUGCACCGUCCGACUCUUACGGUGCACCUCCAGCUCCGCCAUCUUCUUCCUACGGAGCUCCAGCGGCGCCCUCUAGCUCUUAUGGCGCCCCAUCAGCACCCUCUAGCUCUUAUGGCGCCCCAUCAGCGCCCUCUAGCUCUUACGGUGCCCCAUUAGCGCCCUCUAGCUCCUACGGUGCUCCGUCCUCUUCCCACGGUGCACCGUCAUCUUCCUACGGUGCUCCAUCAGCACCAUCCUCCUCGUACGGAGCCCCAUCGUCGAGCUACGGUGCACCAUCUGGUCACGGUCCCAUCGGUGGCGGCGAUUCAGGUUACAGCAGCGGAGGAUCGUUCGGAGGUGAUCACGGUGGACACGGAGGUGGUGGUGAUCUCGGCUCCUUUAUAGGCGGUGGAGGUGAUCACGGCUCUUUUGGAGGUGAUCACGGCUCCUUUGGAGGCGAUCACGGCUCUUUUGGAGGCAGUGGCGGUGGUCACGGCUCCUUUGGAGGUAGUGGAGGUGGUCACGGAUCCUUUGGAGGCGACUCUGGACCCUUCGGUGGCGACCAUCACGGAGGAGGUGGAGGAAAAGGAGUGUCAUCCUCAUAUGGUCCCCCGUCGCAAUCAUACGGACCACCAGCUCAAUCUUACGGACCACCAACCCAGUCCUACGGACCACCUCAACCUCAAGGAAAAUGGGAGAAGAAGCUAACCUGGAAGCCCGAAUGGAAGCAGGAAUGGAAGAAGGUUCAAGUCCCUGUUUGGAAGGAGGUCCAGGUCCCGGCCUGGAAGGAGGUUAAAGUCCCAGCCUGGAAGAAGGUCCAGAAGCCAAUCUGGAAGGAGAUCCAAGUGCCAGCGUGGAAGGAGGUUCAGGUCCCAGCCUGGAAGAAGGUCUGGAAGCCAGUGUGGAAAGAGAUCCAAGUCCCUAUCUGGAAGGAAGUCCAGGUUCCAGAUUGGAAAAAGAUCUGGGUGCCUGAAUGGGUCAAGGUUGGUAUCCCAGGAGAACAGUACGUGGGUAAAGAUCAGAACGGCUGGCAGUACACCAGUCACGAUCUCUGGAAGAAGAAGCUGAUCUGGAAGCCGGUCUGGAAGAAGAUCUGGCGAACGGAGAAGAAACAGGUCUGGGUGAACGACAAGAAGCUCGAGUGGAAGGAGGAGUGGAAGCAGAUCUGGAAGACCGAGAAGAAACAGGUCUGGGUGGCGGACAAGAAACUGGUAUGGAAGGAGGAAUCGGUACAGGUCUGGGUGCCCGAGAAGAAACAGAUAUGGGUCACGCAGAAGAAACAGGUGUGGAAGGACGAGUGGAAGAGCAAAUGGGUGCCUGUUUGGAAGGACGUGCAGGUGCCAGCUUGGAAGAAGAUCUGGAAACCCGUCUGGGAGAAAGUCUGGGUACAGGCGGAGCCCCAUCACGACGAGCAUCACGGUUACAAGUAG